AGGGACUCGGCUGUGCCGGUUAUUUUUCCUCCAUUCUGGGAAAAGCCUGCUGGAUGAUAUCAGUAUUUUAAAAUGUAACAGUGAACGAUCAGGGGGUUGUUCGAAUUGUCAGGCUGGGGGCUGACGUUGUGGUCACCCAUUCCGUCUUCAGGCAAUCGUACUGGGCUGCCUUCCUCUCCCUCCUUUGGGGGAGGGGGUUGGGAGGAGAGAUGGUGGUCCGCGCGGAGGCUGAUGGGACCGGUUGAAGUUGUUGCCCUGGAGCCGGAGGCGCCGAGCGAGGCGACCGAACCGUCCAUGGAGAAAAUACCCAGCGAGAAGCUGCGGCUGCUCCUCUGUUUCCUGGGAGUCUUCGUCUGUUACUUUUACUACGGGAUUCUGCAGGAGACGAUAACCAGAGGCAAAUAUGGAGAGCAGCAAGAAUCAUUUACUUAUGCAAAAUCACUUGUGUUUGUACAAUGUAUUGUUAAUGCCAUCUUUUCUAAAUUAAUUAUACAGUUGUUGGAAAAACCUUCACUUGAACGAACGCCACGCUGGCUGUAUGCAGUUUGUUCAAUGUCCUACUUAGGAGCAAUGGUUUCUAGUAAUUCUGCACUCCAGUAUGUCAACUAUCCUACACAGGUUCUAGGUAAAUCAUGUAAACCUAUUCCAGUGAUGGUUUUAGGAGUCCUUCUUGGGAGGAAAAGAUACCCAUUCACCAAGUAUAUGUGUGUGCUGCUCAUAGUUUUGGGAGUAGCAUUAUUUAUGUACAAACCUAAAAAAGGGAUUGGCAGUGCAGAUGACCACAUCUUUGGAUUUGGGGAAGCACUAUUAUUAGCCUCCUUGACCUUGGAUGGAUUAACUGGAGUUGCACAAGAUCACAUGAGGGCUAAUUUCCAGACUGGGUCAAACCAGAUGAUGCUGAAUAUAAAUGUUUGGUCCAGUCUAUUCCUGGGAAUAGGAGUCCUAUGUACUGGAGAAUUAUGGGAAUUUCUGUACUUUGCUGAACGCCACCCCAGUAUUCUCCACAAGAUACUUCUGUUUAGUUUAACUAGUGCCCUAGGCCAGAGUUUCAUCUUUAUGACAGUUGUUUACUUUGGACCUUUGACAUGUUCAAUCAUCACUACAACCAGAAAAUUCUUUACUAUCCUUGGUUCGGUACUUAUUUUUGGUAAUCCGAUUAGCUCUUUGCAGUGGCUAGGCACUGUCUUUGUAUUUCUAGGACUUGGUUUAGAUGCCAAAUAUGGGAAAGCAACUAAGCAAACCAUCACUAAAAACUGAGCCUGUUAUUCAACCAGAAGAUUUUGAUAAUUGGUGAUGUUGCCUGAGCUUUAUUCAUUUAUUUUUAAAUUCUUUCUUUCGGCAGUUAUCUUAAUUAACUGUUGGAGUAGUUCACUUUUUUAGAAAAAUUCCCAGAUUUAUGUGUCCAUGUGAGUACUUUAAGAUUUUACACCAACACUUUGUGCAAUACUUAACUUAUUAUUGUGGGCAUGUUAAAGCAAUGUCUCGUAUCAGACUUGACUAGUAAGUGCUAUCAGUAAAAUUCUAGAUUUAAACUAAGAACUGCAGAUGCUGGAGAUCUGAAACAAAAACCGAAAUUGCUGGCGAAACUCAACAGGUCUGACCGCAUCUAUGGGAAGAAAGUACAGUUAGCAUUUCAAGUUCAGUGACUCUUCAGAAUUGAGUCACUGGACUUAACAUUAACUCUGCUUUCUUCUGCCAGAUGCUGCUAGACCUGAAUUUCUCCAGCAGUUUCUGUUGCAAUAAAAUUCUAGAACUGAUUUUGGUUCUUGACAUGUAGCAUAGAUUGUUAAAUAAAAAUCCUGAAUUUCUUAAAUGUAAAAUUAUCCCGAAUAAUUUUCUUGUAUUGUUUGCGUGUGUAAUGCCUUUGCUUAAUUACGUUGUAGCAUUUUCUCUGUACGUUUUGAAUUGUCUUUAAAACUCCCGAAAGCAGCUUCCUCAUGUUUUUGUCUGUAGUGUAUCAAUGGUUCUGUAUGAUUUGGAUACAGAUAUUAUAUAAUCAUAACUUAAGUUGCAUUAUCUAAUUGCUCAUCUGCAUGACCUUGUUUGAAACCUCUCAAAGGUGUUUACUUCAAUUCUUCACAAGCCUCACAAAAGCAAGAAAAUGCAGAUGCUUGAAAUCUGAAAUAAAAGCUAAGAUUACUUGGCCAGUCUGGCAGCAUGUGGAGAGAGAAGCGAAUAACUCUUGGAAGUCAUCAACUUGACCUGAGUGUUCUACUUUUAAAACUCAAGUUCUUGAAUUGUUUAAAAAACACACCCAAAAUGUAUUGAGGUAACAAUUAAGAGCUAAUAUAUUUUUUUAAAUCAUUAACUGUAGAGAUUAUUCUCAGCUCCAGCUUCUGCAAUUUGAAGUGAGGAUUGUUAUCUAUUCCUGUUUGCUACUGCCCAAAGUUACUGUAGUCUGUGUGGAAUUUAGCGCAAUUUGGUGCCAUUUGAAUCAGCCAUGAUCUUACUGAAUGGUGGAGCUUUGAGGCUAUAAGGGCUGAAUAGUCGUCUACUCCUUCUAAUUCAACUGUUUGUAUUUACAUAUAAAUGUACUGUGAUUUUAAAAGCUACUUUAGAGGGAUCGAGGAAAAGCACAUGUUAAGAAAUGAGCCCACUACAAUCUGAUUUUGUUGCAUUACAUUAAGACACCCCAUGUCAGAGAACCAUCUGUUCUUUGCCCAUUGUCCCACAUGGAUCAUGGAACGACUUUUGCAAGUUGCAAGGAUUUUCGAAAUAACAGCUUUAAACCAUAUCUUUAGUAUACGAUACUUUGUACCUUUAUAUAGUCCUUUGAGGUGAAGAUAAAUAACUAAUCAAAUAGUUCUGGUUGGAGCAGAGGACUAAAAGUAUUGAUUUGAUUGAGCUGUUUACAAUUAUGUAUGAUUGGGACAUUGUCAGUUGAAACACAAUUUUCAUUGGUUGUGGAUUCAAAGAAAAUGAGAAUAUAGAUCAAAGAUUAAAUGUGAGAGUUUGGAUGUGGAGGAAGAAAUAUUUUUGAGACUGGAUUGUACCACUGGCAUGGUCUUUCUUUCAACUACUAAUUCCAAUGUUUAAGAUUAAGUGGUUAUUGAAAGAAAGGGGAAAAUUGCAAUAUGCAAUAGGCACUAGAUAGAAGGACUGUUAGGACAUCUGCUUCUAUGGAGAAUUAACAGCACUUUGGACUAGUUUGAUCAAUGAGUUGUUUCAAUAUCAGCAUCAAGAGUAAAUAAAGUACAGUGCAGCUACUGAGUUAAAGUACAGUAAUGAUGAGGUUUUAUCAUGAAAUAUCAUGUAGGUUAAUCAUAUCAAUAAUGUAAACUAAGUUUUGGUUUUGUUUGGUUUGCCUUAUUUGUAUGGUUGAGGGCAAAAAAGCCUUAUCUACAUCUGUAGAUCAUUGGGUUGAUUUCUCCAAUUGAAAGUGGUUGUAAAAUGAGAUGGCAGACGUGACAUUUGCAGUUUAUGGGAAAUUGUCAAAUGCCAUCUGAAAAAAAAAUGAUUUUAUAACAUUUUGGAGCUAGAUGCAAGAACUUUAUGAUAUAAUCAGUGAGUGGUCAUACCUAAUUAUAGGUAUACUUGUACUAAACUCUAGAUAGGAAACAGAACUCAAAUUGCCUAAGUUGAAGAUGCAUUUCUAUCCCUCACUCUUCAGUUCCACUUGCUGGAGCCACAAAUAAAUAAAGUGUGCACUGUUUAUGAAACGCUUCAUAAAAACAGCUUAUCUUGGUCUGGGUUAACAGGCAUUUCAUAAUCUCAGGAAUACCGUAGAUUUUGGCAGAAGAAACAAAUGAGGUCAAGGUGCAAUUUCUGACCCUAGCAACAUUAUUUGCCUUACAGCAGUUCUUGUCAAGACUUGCAUCAGCAACUUAGGUUUCUACAUCCAUACAGGAGUUGAAAAACAAUGAUGAAUGUUAACUGUUUUGAAUCCUGAAAAUAACAUGAAAUCACUUUUGUUUUGUGUUAAGAAGGUGUGUGGAGCUCUGGAUAAGACUGCAUUGAUCAUUUUUGUUCUCAUGUAUUGAAUCCAGUUAUUGAUUUUUAACAUUUUUCGGGAAUAAAUAAUGUACAACGUUAUUUCAUAUUUUUGGGUCUCAAAGUUCAACAAAUAAAAACAGUUUUUGAUAAUUGG